GCGUGUGUAUAUGGAUAUAUUAAAUGGCAAUGUGUGUGUGUAAAAGCAAAAGCAAAGCAAAAUCAUAGAGCAAAGAAUUCUUGUGCACGGGGGUGGCAACAAACAAAACGUACAACAAAAACACCACCCCCUGUGUGUGUGAGUGUCAAGUGUGUGUGUGUGUGUGUGUGUGUUUGAGUGUGUUUGGGUUAACUGCGCCAUUCACAAAAGACGCACACACACAAACAAAGCGACAGACAAAGCUGACUAAAUAAGCGAGCAACUAUAUCAAGAGCUUAAUUGUUAGCCAAGUGGGCGUGGCAUAAAUAAUAGUUUAAAAACAACUAAAAGAGACAACAAACAAGCAGAACAGCUGUUGGAAUGUGCCAUUUGCAGCAAGCAUCUAUCAUAAAAUCAUCAAACUCAUCACACCACAACAAUAAUUCAUUAACAAUAACAAUAUGCGACACGGCUAUGCAGCAACAUUAGUUGCCAAGGAGCAACAGCAACAGGAGACACAGGAUCACAUAAUAACAAUAAGCACUGCCAGUCUAAACGAACAGGACGAGCAAGCGCCGCUAAAAGUAACAACAACAACAACAACAGCAGCAACAACAGCAGCAGCAGGAGCAGCAACAGCAAUCGAAUCAGUUGAAGCUCAGCUGGAAUCCGCAUCGGCAACAACAACUAAGCCUGGACGCUGUCGCUGGAGCGCAUUUGUAAGCUAUCAAAGCAACAUUGCUGAUGUGCAACAUCGACGUGGACGUCGUCUGCAUGGAUUACAGCUGCCACUGCAUCCGCUGCAAUUGUUUGGCUGGCUAGUGCUCUUGCUCUUUGCACUCGCCAGCUACUGGCUGCUGAUUCCAGCGUUUCAUGCGCCCAUACAGGGACCACUCUAUGGUCUAAUCACUGGACUGUACUUGGUGCACAUUGUAGCGCAUUUGACGGCGCUGCUGACUGAUCCGGCGGACAAGGAGCUGCGGCGCGUGCAUCGCAACGAUCGCAUUGUGCCCGAGUUUGAUCGCAGCAAGCACGGACAUGUUAUAGAGCACGGACGCUGUCAUUUGUGCAACAUCAAGACGUCAACGCCCAGAACCAAGCACUGCUCGGUGUGCAACAAGUGUGUGGGCAAGUUCGAUCAUCACUGCAAGUGGCUGAAUCAUUGCAUUGGCUCGCGCAACUAUGUGGCCUUUCUAAUGUGUGUGGUGAGCGCCGUGCUGGCCACGCUGGUCAUUGUGGCAGCGGUCAUAGGUCAAAUCGUACUUUACUAUGUGCAGCCGGAAUGGCUGAGCUACUACUGGUGCGAGCAGGCAGCAGAGCAGUCCGUGGGCAGCUCAGUGCCGUCAACAGAUUAUAUAAAUCUAACGCUAAGUCUAAGCAAUGGCACGCUGCUGCUGAUGGAGCCAGAGGAGCAGCAGCAGCAACUGGAGCAGCAGGCAGACUAUAUGUCCAACAAUCUGAGCGUUUCAACGCUGCCCACGCUGCUGCAGAACUUUACAGCCUUGUUGCAAACGACUACGGAGCAGGCCACAACAACUGCCAGCAAUCAAAGCUUAACGCCGCAACUUGUGGCAGGCAUUGGUUUGCAUGAAACGAUUUAUUUGCUGCUGCUGGGCGUGCUGGGACUGCUAGCAGCCAUAACCGCAGGACUGCUGCUGCAUUUGUGCUUCUUUCACAUUUACAUAAGCUUUCUGGGCUUAACCACCUACGAAUAUAUACGACAGCAUCGUCAGAAUCAAGAAGCCAAAGCCAAGCAGCAGCAGCAGCAGCAACAGGAGCAACCAGCACAGUCAAGCAAGCCGUCCACGCAGCUUUAUUGCUGCGCUCAAGUGCCACAUCCCAAUCAGCAGCAUCAGCAGCAGCACACGCAGUCAGCGUCGCAGUCGCCGUCGACUUCGCGCUUGCAUUGCUGCUCCAACUCACGCGAGUUUCAUUCGUCGCAGCACUCGCUCUACUUUUGCUCGCUGCUGCAGCAGCGCGAACAACAACAACACGCAGCUGAGCUAACGGCAACGCCUACGCCAACCUCCAGCUUUCACUGCUGCAGCAGCUUUGCUGCCAACUCGCUGCAGCGACGCGUCAGCGCUGCCGCCAAUGUGCAAGCAGCGCUGCAAACUUUGCCGCGUGCGCCACGCUCCGCUGCUUAUCUACAAUAUCGCGAGCAAUGCUCGCUCUGCACGCUGCAGCUGCGCAGUCCACUGCGUCCGCGCAGCGCUGCCGGCAGCAGCAGCACGCGCACACUCACAAGCCAAACUGCAACGCCUGCCAAGUCUGAACAGCCGCAGCAGCAGCGCUGGCAUCGCAAAUGGAACUGCUGCGUCAGCGUGCCCGACAGUCCCAACGAUAUGCCGCAUGAUCUGCUCGCCGCGCUGGAGUCCGCCAAUGCCAAACUAAACGCCAGCGAGCUGCCCGUGCAGUUCAUACGCAGCCUCAAUGGCGGCCUCACGGAGCUGCCGCUGCCGCCUGCAGCUAGCGUCGCUGCCAAGACGCCGCGCAGCUCGCGACUGCGUCAUAUGCUCAGACUGCUUGGACGCUACAGACGCGCGCGUUGUCGUCAUCAGCACGCCGGCAUGGGCGUGGCAGUAGCUGCUGCGGAGACGCCGCCGCCCAUUAAGCAAAAUCAAAUACGUCCGCUGCAGCUGCAGGCAGCGCAGUGCGCCUCAGCAUCGCCGCCGCCGCCCAGCAGCUCGCCCAGUCAUCACUUUGGCGAGGCCACACCGCAUCAGCUGCUCCCCACCAGCAUUAUACGCGAUGAUGUGGUCACCACCAGCUACCACGCCCACAGCUUCAGCUUGCCGCCCGCGCUGCCGCCGCCCACACGUCGCAAAAUGCCGCACGCCAGCGAGCUGGCCGAACUGGCCGAGUCUUUGGGCUUUGUGGCCGCUGCUCGAACGCAGCAGCAGCAAUCGCAUCACAACAGUCGCCAGCUGCCACAGAGUCUCUAUCGGCGCCAGCGCCGCAAACAUUUUCUGCGCACACGCUCCCCCACACUCUCGCCCAUACACGAGUCGGGCCUAUCGAAUCCCACGUCGCCGCAACCGCAGCUGCGUCACUCCAAGUGUGGCACACCGGAUGUGGCACGCUCCUCGGCCACGCUGGUGCAGAACCUUUGCGGUCUAGCUGGCGAGGCUUUGCGCAAGAGCGCAUCCAACACUUCGCUGCAGAGCAUCAGCUCCAACUCGAGCAGCAACUAAAUUCGGGCAGUUGCUGCUUCGCCGCCUGGUUUCUGCUUAGUCCAUAGGUUAGUCUUAGUAACAAGGCCCAGUUUCAGCUAAAGAAUAACGCAAUUUAUUUUGUUAUUAAUUUUUUAAGUUCCGAGAGCUAAACACAUUUGAAAAUUACUUUAAUUUGCUUUCGAGAGUUCCUAAGUCGGCAAUUUUACGUUGACAGCUCAUUGUCUACUUUACUUUUCAACUGCUUAGCACAUGAUCUUCAAGCGAAUUG